AUGUCGCCAAAUCACACCAACCCCAAAGAGACCGACGAGAUCCAAGUUGCGUACUCUCACGACGAACAACAUAUGGAGGAUGAUAUCUCUCCGAGGCUCAACUCCAGACUCAAAUGGAAACUGGAUCUCUUCAUAUUGCCAGUUAUCUCGAUUGUCUACUUUUUCGCCCAAAUGGGCAGAUCCGACCUCGCCAACGCCAAAGUUGCCGGACUUUCGGAUGAGUUGUCCUUAUCUCCUCAAGACUACUCUAAUGCUGCAACCGUGCUUUUGGUGGCUUAUGUCGUGUUUCAAUUGCCUGGCACACUCUUGAUUAAGCAGAUAGGUCCAGCUAGGCAGUUUGCAGGUGCGAUGAUCAUUUGGGGAGCAAUUACAAUCGCGACAGUAGCCAUUCACAACAAAGGUGAGCUGCUCGCCUUACGAUUUCUCAUCGGGGCCGCAGAGGCAUUUGUACAAGGGGGCGUAUUCUACCUAUCUUUUUGGUAUCGUUAUCGUGAACUCGCCACACGUGGUGCCAUUUUCUACUCCAUGUCCACGUUGGCAGGGGCCUUCAAUGGACUGAUUGCCUACGGCAUUGAAAAGGACAUGGAUGGGUUGCGCGGUUGGAGAGCGUGGCGCUGGAUAUUUUUGAUUGAGGGGAUAAUGCCUUGUGUGGCCGCAUUCUUUGUGCUAUUUCUUCUCCCAGCCAGUCCGGAAACUCUUCGGUUUGGCUUCACCGAAGAGGAGAAGGCGCUGGCAAUACGUCGCAGCCGCGAGGCACACAACACAUGUGAAGCAAAGUUGGAGAUCAAAAAGGUGCCCCUGGUACUCCUAAGUCUCCAUUUCUGGCUUCUUCUUGGCAUUGCUUGCUGUGGACACUUCUGUGUUGGAUCACUGUCGAACUUUCUUCCUGCCAUUAUCGAGGGCUUUGGCUAUACUGCGGUUGACACCCAACUCUUCACGGUCAUCGUAUACGCUUGUGCAUGCGUUGGCGUAUUAUUCUGGGCUCAAGUGGCCGAUCGGACUAAUGCCCGAGGACUAACUAUGGCAGCAUCGACAGGCGGAGCUAUCGUCGGUUAUGCUCUACUCCUUGGCAUUGAGAACAAUGAAGCUCGAUUUGGUGCCACAUGUCUUGUUGCGUUUUCGGUUUAUCCAAGCGCUGUGCUCCAGCUGUCCUGGGCAGCCAUGAACUUCAUUGGUUAUACACGAAGGUAA